AAAACUUAUCUUUGCUUUUUCAUUCUAUAUAUGUUUUGUUCAAUAAAUGUUAAAUACAAAUAAAAACCCGCUUAAAAAAUCUGUGUAAAAAAUCAUACGUUUCCAAGAAAAUAGAAAAACGCUCCGCAGUCAUAACAAUUCAGUAUCCAUUACCAAAACCAGAGAUGCAUACAUCCGAAGUGGACAAUUACUACUCCCAGGCAGCUGAAGCCCAGUCGCCAUACCAACAACAAGCGCUGCAAUAUGCCCAGCAAUCUUACCCCUACGCCCAGCAAUAUACCACACAGGCUACGCCCACAUACGCCGGUCAACAGGUCGCACAGGAUCAUUAUGCUCAGACGCUGCAGCAAAUCCAACAGCAACAACAACUGCAAGAGCAACUGUUGCAGGCGCAGCAACAGCAGCAACAAUAUUCGACGGCAUCGCAGAAGACCGCGCAGCCGCAGCAAGUCGAUCAGCUGCAAGCCGCCUAUCUUGCCUACCAACAACAACAGCAGCAACAGCAAUUGCAACAGCAACAACAAUUACAACAGCAGCAGCAACAACAGCAACAGCAAUACGUGAGCCAACAGGAUUACCAACAGCAGCUGUUGCGUCAGCUCUACAACGAACAUCGCCCCACCGCAGCUGCCUUUAACGCAGGCGCCAAUCACCAAACUAGCCCGAUCUACACCAGCACCGACUAUGCCAACUACAUGCAACGUCAACAACAAUUGGCUGAACGUCAGUACGCCACUGCGCCCACAGCCGCUACUUAUGCCGCCAAUAACGGUCUGAGCACUUCGCCCAUUCCACCGACUGUCGGUAGUGGCAGUGUCACUAGCACCACUGAAAAGCUUUUGGGCGUGCAGUACUCGCCAUCGGACAAAGUGUCGCACGUGAAGUUCUCCAGCGGCAAUUUGCGAUACAACUUUUAAGUUCUCUUGCGGCUCGUGGACUGAGAGUGUAACGCGGUGUACACUUAGCGAGAUGAGAUGAGAUGAAAUGGCGACUUUCCUGCAAACAUGUUCCUCGAUUUUUUUUUUGGCUUUUUAGUGGAAAAUUAAAUCUCAGCAAGCGCACGAGGGCUACAGUGUAGUUCAACUGCUCUUGGUAUACUUUGCGAGCUAAAAAAAUAUAUGAAAUUGAGUGCCUUUUCGUAUCAUUUAUUUUGUAUUUAUAGCAACAGUCAUCUAAAUUUAAGUUCUCUUCUUUAUUUAAUUUAUGCAGGUAGUGAAAUU